AGGAACACAUCCCUUAUCCCCAUCCAUGUUCUGCACGGGAAUUCUGGCUGCAGCUCCUUUAUCCCUGUCCAUGUUCUCCAUAGGAAUUCUGGCUGCAGCUCCUUUAUCCCUGUCUGUGUUCUCAUUGGGAAUUCUGGCUGCAGCUCCUCUAUCCCUGUCACUGUUCUCCAUAGGAAUUCUGGCUGCUCCAGCUCCUUUAUCCCUGUCCAUGUUUUCCAUAGGAAUUCUGGCUGCAGCUCCUUCAUCCCUGUCCCUGUUCUGCUCGGGAAUUCUGGCUGCAGCUCUUUUAUCCCUGUCCAUGUUCUGCAUAGGAAUUCCUGGCUGCAGCUCCUUUAUCCCCAUCCAUAUUCCCCACAGGAAUUCUGGCUGCAGCUCCUUUAUCCCCAUCCAUAUUCCCCACAGGAAUUCUGGCUGCAGCUCCUUCAUCCCUGUCCCUGUUCUGCUCGGGAAUUCUGGCUCCAGCUCCUUUAUCCCAGUCACUGUUCUCCAUAGGAAUUCUGGCUGCAGCUCCUUUAUCCCCAUCCAUAUUCCUCACAGGAAUUCUGGCUGCAGCUCCUCUAUCCCUGUCCAUGUUCUGCACAGGAAUUCCUGGCUGCAGCUCCUUUAUUUCCAUCAAUAUUCCUCCCAGGAAUUCCAGUUGCAGCUCCUUUAUCCCCAUCCCUGUUCUGCACAGGAAUUGCUGCCUGCAGCUCCUUUAUCUCCAUCCAUAUUCCCCCCAGGAAUUCCAGUUGCAGCUCCUUUAUCCCCAUCACUGUUCCCCACAGGAAUUCUGGCUGCAGCUCCUUUAUCUCCAUCCAUAUUCCCCCCAGGAAUUCCAGUUGCAGCUCCUUUAUCCCCAUCCAUAUUCCCCCCAGGAAUUCUGGCUGCAGCUCCUUUAUCCCCAUCCAUAAUCCCCCCAGGAAUUCCAGUUGCAGCUCCUUUAUCCCCAUCCCUGUUCUGCACAGGAAUUCCAGUUGCAGCUCCUUUAUCCCCAUCCAUAUUCCCCACAGGAAUUGCUGCCUGCAGCUCCUUUAUUCCCAUCCAUAUUCCCCCCAGGAAUUGCUGCCUGCAGCUCCUUUAUCCCCAUCCAUGUUCUGCACAGGAAUUCCAUUUGCACCUCCUUUAUCCCCAUCCAUAUUCCCCCCAGGAAUUCCAGUUGCAGCUCCUUUAUCCCCAUCCAUAUUCCUCACAGGAAUUCUUGCCUGCAGCUCCUUUAUCCCCAUCCAUGUUCCCCCCAGGAAUUGCUGGUUGCAGCUCCUUUAUCCCCAUCCAUAUUCCCCCCAGGAAUUCCGGUUGCAGCUCCUUUAUCCCCAUCCAUAUUCCUCACAGAGAUUCCUGCCUGCAGCUCCCGUCUCCGCUCCCUGCUCCCUGCCGAGCCCCGGGCCGUGCCCUGGAUCAGCUCCAUGUCCCGCUGGACGCGGCCCCGGCAGCUCCGGGGCUGUUCCCGCUGCUCCCCCCUCCAGCCGCGCUCCAAUCCCUGGCUCCGGCCGCCUCUUCUUCCCUUUCCUGCCUUUGUCCCGGCCCUUUGUGCUCCCCCUGCCUCUCCCGGGGGCUGCUGUUGUUGGCAGUGCCCGGACCUCGCAGCCAAGUCCCGCAGGCUCGAGCUCCCUCCGAGCCCCCUCUGAGCCCCCUCCGAGCCCCCUCCGAGCCCCCUCCAUGUCCUCUCCGAGCCCUCUCCGUGCCCCCUCCGAGCCCCCUCCAUGCCCCCUCCAAGCCCCCUCCGAACCCCCUCCAUGUCCCCUCCGUGUCCCUUCCAUGUCCCCUCCGUGUCCCCUCGGUGUCCCCUCCGUGUCCCUUCCAUGUCCCCUCCAUGUCCCCUCCAUGUCCCCUCCGAGCCCCCUCCAUGUCCCCUCUGUACCCCCUCCGUGCCCCCUCCGUGCCCCCUCCAAGCCCUCUCCGUGCCCCCUCCGAGCCCCCUCCGAGCCCCCUCUGUUCCCCCUCCAUGUCCCCUCCGUGCCCCCUCCGUGUCCCCUCUGUGCCCCCUCCAAGCCCCCUCUGUGUCCCCUCCGAGCCCCCUCCAAACCCCCUCCAUGUCCCCUCCGAGCCCCCUCCAAGCCCCCUCUGUGCCCCCUCCGAGCCCCCUCCGAGCCCCCUCUGUGCCCCCUUCGAGCCCCCUCCGAGCCCCCUCUGUGCCCCCUUCGAGCCCCCUCCGAGCCCCCUCCGAGCCCCCUCCGUGCCCCCUCUAUGUCCCCUCUAUGUCCCCUCCGUGCCCCCUCUGUUCCCCCUCCAAGCCCCCUCUGUGCCCCCUCCGAGCCCCCUCCGAGCCCCCUCUGUGCCCCCUUCGAGCCCCCUCUGA